CAAAUCAUAUUUUAAAAAUAGAAGUGACAUACUGAACGAUGGCACUAGCUAUCACGUUGAGCACGUUCAUGACUUCAACAUCUGAAUGGCUCCAUUAACAUUCUCGUAAAACAGAGAAAAUGCCGGUCAAGUUAUCAUUUAACAUCUCUUUACGCAUGAAUGAGCUACAGCUAUCUGCCGCGUUUAUAAUAAAACAGAUUAUAAAACCACUAACGGUAUCCUACGUCAUCUGGAGAGUUGCCACUUUCACAUAUCUUUUUUUCCCUGGUACAUUGUCUUUCUUUGUAUCAAAUCUCAAAGCGGUUUAGAGCAGCAGAUGACGAGCAUAUUAUGAACGCGGAAAAUCAUUUAUCUCCAUUGCUCAAA